CGUCACAUCCCCUUGACCCUCCAAUCACCUCGGGGUCCCAUUUGAUUGGAAGGCGGCAAAGGCUUUAAUCUCAGCUCUAAUUCAGAGGCUUUUGAAGUGAGUUUCUCUGGCAGAGCUCUGGCUGGCUGCGUUGCUGCUCACACUGUGCUGUGGACGAAGGGAACGGACUGGAUUUGAGGGAACCUCUGAGCUUUUGUGGACUGGUCUGGAUUACACGUUACCUUUUGCACCUAUAGGGCAUUGAUACAUUGUAUCCGGGAGGGUAGCGCGAGGACAGAGUGAUACAUUGUAUCCGGGAGGGUAGCGCGAGGACAGAGUGAUACAUUGUAUCUGGGAGUGCAGCGCGAGGACAGAGAGUGAUACAUUGUAUCCGGGAGAGGAGCGCGAGGACAGAGAGUGAUACAUUGUAUCUGGGAGUGCAGCGCGAGGACAGAGCUUGUUACAUUGUAUCACGCGGACAGAGAUUGUUACAUUGUAUCACGCGGACAGAGAUUGUUACAUUGUAUCACGCGGACAGAGAUUGUUACAUUGUAUCCGCAGUCAGCAGCGGUUUGUUCAUUACUGCACUGUGUAGAUGCGCUGUUUUCCAUAGAGUUCUCAUCAGGCCCGGUGCACAUUACUCCGUGCACAGGAUCAGACGGAUACUACAACAACACACUGUUCUCUAUAGAGCUAGCUGUAUCUUUAGGAUCAAGAGGACUCUGUAUCUGUAGGAUCAGUAUCUACAGUAGGAUCAAAGGACACGCUGCGCCUGUAGGAUCAAGAGGACACUGCAUGUGUAAGAUCGUUAUCUGUAGGAUCAAAAGGACACUGUGUCUGUAGAAGCGGAGCCAGGAGUAUAACCCUUCCAGGACUUGCCGCUGCUUCUGAGCCAGUACCCCUGGGGUCCGUCUCCCCUCAGUACCCCAAUGCCUGUCCUGGGGACAUGAUCAGCUCGCCCUCGGCUUCUGGAAGUCGUGUAAGUCCUCUAACCCGAGAGAGUGGUGACAGCGCUGGGAGGAGCCCGGCCAACAGAGCUUUCAUCCACUCCUUGCCUCCCUCAGAUCCGCUGCGACAGGCCGGUAGGCUCCCUAUCAAGGUGCUCAAGAUGCUGACAGCGCGGAGCGGACACAUCCUGCACCCGGAAUACCUGCAGCCCCUACCCUCUACACCAGUGAGCCCUAUAGAGCUGGAUGCCAAGAAAAGCCCACUUGCUCUUUUGGCCCAGACAUGCUCUCAGAUCGGGAAGCCGGACCCAACACCUUCAAAGUUGUCAUCGGUAACCGGUUCCUCAUCCAGCAGUGAAAAGGAGCAAAAAUCUGGUCCUCUUAAACUUAGCGAUAUUGGAAAUGAGGACAAGUCCAGUUUCAAGCCCUAUUCCAAGCAGUCAGACAAGAAGGAGUCAUCUUCAGGCGACAAGUCCGGAUUCAGGGUCCCCAGUGCCGCAUGCCCACCCUUCACACCUAGGACUGGCAGCCCUGGAUCGCCCCGCACCCCACCACUGUCUGCGAACCCCAAGUCACCCAAUGAGUGUGCAGAGAAGAAGGACGCGGAUCAGUGCCCUAAGAGUGCGGGACAAGAGGGGGGAGCACAUGGCAGACUCAGCGUAGAUCUCCCCCAGGCUCAUAAUGAGGGCAGCAGCGGGUGUAAAAGUAUAUCUGCAGCUCCAUCUCCCACUCCUCCCUCUUCAUCCAGCUCCUCCAACUCAGUAUUGGGAUCUGGGCUGGUGGCACCGGUUUCCCCCUACAAACCGGGCCAUACAGUGUUUCCUCUGCCUCCCGCUGGUAUGUCCUACCCGGGCACCUUGGCAAGUGCAUAUGCCGGGUACGCCCCCCAGUUCUUGGCCCAUGGUGUAUCCUUGGAUCCAUCCAAGGGGAACUCACUGGUGGGUGCACAGUUAGGCACACUUGGGUGUUCUGGAAAGUCUGCGGCCUCUAGUCCACUCACCGGGGCAUCCCCCCCUUCGGUGAUGACAGCUAGCCUAUGCAGGGACCCCUACUGUCUCAGCUAUCACUGUGCUUCACAGCUGGGUGCCAGUGCCAACUGCGGACACGACCUCAAAUCUGGAUACCCACUGAUGUACCCCAGUCAUGCCCUACAUGGAGUUUCCCCACCCUCUCUACAAGGGCACCCACUUUAUCCUUAUGGCUUUAUGCUGCCUAAUGACCCUCAGCCCCAUGUCUGUAACUGGGUAUCUGCCACUGGCCCCUGCGACAAGCGAUUCUCCUCCUCUGAGGAGCUCUUAGGCCACCUGCGGACACAUACCGCCUUCCCAGGUGCCACGGACAAGUUACUGCCCGGAUACCCCAGUUCCUCCUCUCUGGCAGCAGCUGCUAUGGCUUGUCACAUGCACAUGCCCCCCACAGGGGGUUCCCCCAACCAUCUCACUCUUCGGAGCCCUCAUCACCAUGCUCUUGGACUUAGCAGUAGCCGCUACCACCCAUAUUCCAAAAGUCCCCUUCCAUCAGGAGGUGCCCCAGUGCCAAUGCCAGCAGCAACAGGACACUACUAUUCACCCUAUGCCCUCUAUGGACAAAGAUUAACCACAGCAUCUGCCCUGGGUUACCAAUGACUGCCACUAGGGGGCAUCCCACAGGGAAAAAAUGGACCCCCGCCAUACCAAUAUUUCUUUUAUUAAAAAUAAAAUAAAAAUGCGAAAUAAAUCAAGAA